AUGUUUUCGAACACAUGCAUCGGUGUUUUGUCGGGACUUCUGUGUACGCUCAUUGCUUUCUACGUCGUGAGCAGUUCUGUCCAGCCACUUAUUCUUAGGUCCACUAAUCGUCUUCUGAUUGCCUCCCAAGUGCGUGAUAAUGACGAGCUCCGAUUGGCUGAAGCAAACACACAAAUUGGCCGAUGGCGUCUAGAGAAACGAUUACCUCUUCAUCUAACUCAGAUGUUUGAUUAUGGUGGAACUCACAAUUUCCUUAUUCUGAUUCUUACUUCACGCCAUCAAAAGGUCGACGCUUUCGAACCGUACUACCUUACACAAACAUCGGUAGCAUUAGUUAAGACGCUUACACAAUCAAUCGGAAGAGAGUAUAGUGGGAUAAAGAAGAUAAUACCGGUCAUUUGUGUAGUUCAACACACCAAUGAUACCGAUUCGGAUCUGCACAGAGUUGAAAUAAAGCGCUUACGCCAAGUAUUUGGGGUUAAAACGAUACUACGUCCCUCUAGUGAGCACAAUGGCAGCACAUCUAAUCUUUGCAUGAAAUCCUGUCUCUCCACUGGUCUCAAGAUGUAUUCUUCAACAAAUUAUGUUGUCAUACUAGAAGACGACUACUUGGUUACGCAUAACUUUCUCCCUGCGUUGGAUACUUUUGCAAAGCGAGCAGAAAAAAACUUGCUCCAACUCCUCUCCCCAUCCCAAUAUUUGGCCUAUGAUUCUGCAUCUAGUCUUAUUCUGACAGGGCUCUAUGCAUUUGCAUCAUUGCCCGCCGUGGCGGCCUUUUAUCUGGUCUAUUCACGCAUAGGCCAGAAGUUUAUUCGAUGCCUUCUUGGAACAACGCUUCUAGUGAUCGCGAUUCUCCUCCUACUAAAUAAAUGUGUGCAGAUAGUAUCCAUCGAGCUAGUUCCAUCAAAAGAAAAGAAUAUCAUGGUACGUGGAGUACCUAUUGUUGUCCCGACAACAUUGGCGACAAGACUUGCAGACAUGUAUUCGAAUGAAGCUUGCCCGCCAAACAGCACUCGCUUGAAUGGAGACAUUGUCGCGCACUUCGCAAGGAGGCUGAAGUACAACGUGCUGACAGUAAACCCUCCAGCCGCCAUCCACAUUGGUGAGCCGUUGUCUAUAAUCGCGUUCUCCGCUACCUAA